UAAAAACCAGCUGUUAACCUAUACAACCAUCUCGCAGACUUGUCUGUCACUCCAGUCGGACCCUCUGCUUGUCUUGCUUUUUAUAGGAUAGGGCUUUAUUUUAACCUUUAUAACCGUACUCAGCUCAGCCGUACCCUAAGCUCCUUCCGCCGCGAUGCAGGCCGACAAGAUUCCCGAGUUCCUGACCGAGCAGCGCGAGCUCGCUCCCGACGAAUCCCAAGCCCUAUUCCUAGAGUUCGAAGACUUUUGGGAACGAAAGCUAUGGCAUCAACUGACCAACGCGUUGAUAACAUAUUUCUCUCUGUCAGAGAGUGCACCGCAGAGACUACCCAUGUUCAAGAAUUUCAUUCUUAUUUUUGCAGAUAAAAUCAAUCAGUUGAAAUUCGUUUCUCUGGGGUUAAUGGCAUCGACGCAGUGUAAAGAUGAUGGGGAACGUCUAUCCUUCCUAACUGCGCUCGCGGAUAAGGUCAACAAGCCUGGGUCGCAGGAUGCUUAUGUCUACGCCAUGGCAGACGUUGCUGCCGUUAAGUUACGACUCGAGGACUUUGAGGGUUCGCGGAAAGAUCUUGAUGCAUCGCAGGCGGCGUUAGACUCUUUUGAUUCUGUCGAGAAUGUUGUACAUGCAGCGUUCUAUAAAGUGAACGCUGAUUAUUACCAUGCGAAAAUGGAGUUCGCAUCCUACUACAAGAACGCCCUCCUCUACCUCGCCUGUAUCGACAUAGUUGAGCUCACACCGACAGAGCGUGCGGCUAGAGCAUAUGACCUUAGCAUAGCCGCACUCGUAUCUGACACGAUUUACAACUUUGGCGAACUCUUACUCCAUCCAAUUCUCGAAUCACUCAAAGAAACGCAACAUUCGUGGCUCCGCGAGCUUCUCUUUGCUUUCAACCGUGGUGACUUGACAGCCUAUGAUGUUCUAGCAGGAAACAUUAGCAAAAAUCCCCUCCUCGAACAGCACAAAGUUUUUCUAUAUCAGAAAAUAUCCCUCUCAGCCCUAACGGAAAUGAUAUUCCGUCGACCACCCCAUGAUCGGACUGUUACAUUCGCAGCGAUGUCGGAAGAAACCAAGGUUCAGCCGAACGAGGUCGAACAUCUGAUUAUGAAAGCCUUAAGUUUGGGCCUACUGAAGGGCUCGAUUGACCAGGUUGCACAAAUUGCGAGAAUCAACUGGGUACAACCGAAGGUUUUGGAUAUGAAGCAAAUUGAGGGAAUGAGGAAUCGGCUGAAGGAAUGGGAUGCUGGCGUCAACCAGCUUGGUCACUGGAUCGAGGGAGUUGGGAAGGAUGUUUGGGUUGCGUAAACCAAUUUAAUUUUAUUUGUUACAUAUCGUCCUGGGUUCAAGAGCAGGGCAGGUAUUGUGGGAAUUUAGCGUGUGCCCGUUUCUACCAUGAUCCAUUUUUAGAAAGCUCCUGGUGUAAAAUUAGAAUGCUAGUCAUACAGGUUAGCAAGCCUAAGUUUAGAGAAUCGGUAGCAGGGUUCUCCAACGGAUCCUUGUAGACGGGAUCCGGUGAGAUACUUCAUUGACAUGUCCCUACUAUCCAUCUCAGAGCGUCGCAGGUAGGAAUUCUCCACCCGCGGUUUGCCAACCCAUGGGCAUUGAGGAAUAUUCCUGGUCACCAUAUCUUAAAAACUGUGUGCUCUACUGAAGUCAACAAUGCUGAAAUACUACCGAAGGCUUCGAAUGCAAAAUAUCAUCAUCAUUGCAAGUAGAAUAUAAUACAAGCGAUAAUAGGUAUAUAGAACUAACAGUACAGCACUUCCUGAAGUUAUGACUAUCCAAACAGGCAAGCCUCUUUUUCUAGAAGAGCGUGUUUUUGUUCAAACUCCAUCAACUUUUUCGAAUUCGACCUUGCCAUCUCGUCGAACAGAAGCAACAGACUGGCCCACAGUUUUCACUCCGUCAUCUUUGGCAGGUGGGGGCGAUUGCUUUUCAAGUCGUCCCUCAACGGUUUCUAUAGCUUCCCUGGUAACACCUGGUUGAGUGCUCGCAAUCUCAUUCACUUCACGGGCCGUCAGAGACUCGGCUAUUCGCGAUGCUCGCGACUGAAUGAGAACGGUUGCUGGUCCUUCAAAUUGUAAGAACAACUAGACGACAGUUAAUUUCAACGCCGCGGCUAGAUAAUUAAAUAAUGGGAAGCUUUACCCUAUCCCCCCAGAUAGUUCUCCUCGCCCACGUCCGAACAGUGUGGAAAAUCCUCAUAGUGGCUUUCCAUGUGUCCGAAUCGGCCAAGUUUCUUAGGAAAUUAGAUUUCAUCAAUAAAGUGCCUAGCCCAAGGUUCGGAAUCUGGAACUUUAGAGAAGUUGAUUUGAACCGAAACGGGCGCGGCCAGUGAGAAUUUAUGGUGUAUGCGACGACAUUGCUGGAAUCCCAAUUAGACGGGGUUCAACCACGGAUCCGACGGCCGACUAGGCUUACCUAGGAUGGGCAAUAUAUCGUUCCCCAGCUCUCAGAUUAAUUGAAUAGACCUGACCUUUCCCCACGACCGCUAACAGGCCACGUCCAGUCACCUUUGAACUACCCCAAUGAACCAAACUCUUCCUAAGUCAGCUUCUAUAGAACCGUAGAAAGGAGCCUCCAAGCGCACGUACUAGCUCUCUGUUGAGUGUUGGUUUCACAGUUAAUGCGUGUCCAGUCCACGAAAGUAAAGCAUCGCGUUGUGUAAUCAUCCAAUCCACC